UUCUGCCGUCCAAGGUCUCUUCCUCUUCCUCCUCCGCCUCCACUUCUUUCUCCUCACGCGGCAUAUCUUGCCAUUGUUGUUGAGAAAAGAGAGAGAGCAAGAGUGAGGUUGUUACGCCUUGUUUUCAAAGUUAAUAACAACCUCCUCAGAACCCUCCAGGAUGAAGUUGAAACGCAGUUAAACAGAGACAUACACAAUUUACUGAGUUGAUAGUAUACGACCAAGAGAGAAAUGGCCAAAGACGAAGGAGAUGAUCUGCUGCCUGACAAGGAUGCUGCCAAGGGCUUCUAUGCCAAGUACGAGCCCAAAGAGAUCCUUGGAAGAGGAAUCUCGUCUACAGUGAGAAGGUGCAUAGAAAAAGAAACCGGCAUAGAGUAUGCAGCAAAAAUUAUAGACAUAAGCUGUGAACCACAUGAUGGCAUUGAUUCUCAUACUAUGAAAGAGGCUACUAUGCAAGAGGUGCAAAUUUUACGGAGGGUGGCUGGCCAUCCUUACAUAAUUGAACUACAUGAUGUCUUUGAGUCCAACACUUUUAUCUUUUUGAUAUUUGAGUUGUGUAAAAAUGGCGAGCUCUUUGAUUAUCUUACAUCUGUGGUAACACUAUCAGAAAAAAAGACUCGAUAUAUUAUGAGGCAGGUUUUUGAAAGUGUACAGCACAUUCAUAACCAAGGGAUUGUACAUAGAGAUUUAAAGCCAGAAAAUAUCUUGCUAGAUGACAACCUUAAUGUAAAGAUAACUGAUUUUGGCUUUGCUAAAAUUUUGAAACCAGGAGAAAAGCUUUAUGAUCUUUGUGGUACACCUGGUUAUUUAGCACCUGAAGUAUUGAAAUGUAAUAUGUUUGAAAAGUCUGAUGGCUAUGGCUUUGAAGUCGACAUAUGGGCAUGUGGUGUUAUUAUGUUUACGUUACUUGUUGGAUGUCCACCGUUUUGGCAUCGAAAACAGAUGGUUAUGCUUCGAAACAUAAUGGAGGGAAAAUACUCAUUCACCUCACCAGAAUGGACUGAUAUUACUGAUGCUCCAAAAGAUUUGAUACGUAAAUUAUUGGUUGUUGAUGCUACGAAAAGAAUAACAAUAAAGGAGGCGUUAGAACAUUCAUUCUUCCACACAGUGCUAUGGGAUCAGGAUAUUGCUCCCUUAAAACGUUCUCUGUCCUCUAAUUCACGACGACUCAGUCGGAUAUCACAGUUAGCUUUGGAAUUGAAAGCAAAAUCGUUCAAUGCAAGGAAAAAAUUCCAACUUGGUAUUCUCUGUGUUCGAGCUGUUGUAAGGAUUAAGAGACUACACACAACUCCAGAGCCACUCUCUAUACAAGUGGCAUGUACAGAUCCUUACAGGAUUAAAGUUCUUAGAAAAGUGAUCGAUGGAUGCGCCUUCCGAGUUUAUGGGCACUGGGUGAAGAAAGGAGAAGGACAGAACAGAGCCGCUCUUUUUGAGAACAUGCCUAAAACAGACUUGAAGCAUCUCUACGUUAGUAAUUUAAGCAGAUAGCAAAUUUAAAUUAAAGAGCACGUUUUCGUACUCUUCAGACGCUUUUAAAUAUAAUUUUUAGAAAAAUGAAUAUAGUUCAAAUUUUCAACUGAAAACUCUGGUGGAUAAGUCAGCAGUUGGUUAAAACUACUUACUAGAAUUUGAAUUUACACAACCAUAAAGUUCCAACAAACAAAUUUUUUUAAAGAUAUAUAUUUUAUAUUUUUCAAAAGUUAUUAAAGUCAGUUUACCACGUUAUUACACUGGUACAAAAGAUAUUAUCAAAAAUUUAUUGGAAAAAACAAUUAAAGUAUCAUUUUUUAAACGAAGUUUUGCAUAAAAUCAAGGUGGUUUAUUCCUAAAUCUAAAAGGAUUUGUUUCACAAAUUUUACUUAAAGUUGAAAUUAUUCCUGAACAAAUAAAUGUGUACAUUCAUUUUUAGCAAAGAUCAUGAGGAACUAAAUAUCUUGAAUAGUAUACCAUCAUAUUGUUAGUUAUUUCAUUAAAUGUCGUUUAUUCUCAUUGAGCAUUAUGCCGUUAGAGUUAGUCUCGUAUUUGACUUUGGAGUCAGGAACUAGCCACCUUAAAAGUAAUUUCUGCUGUCGUGAGUUUUCUGUGUAGAUAAAUAAUGUUAUUUGUUAUGAUAGUUAUAGUACGUCAAUUAUAAUACUUCGUUAUUAAUUAUUUAGAUAAAAAUUUAUUUUUAUUGCAAGUGUGCGUGUGUGCGACACCUGUAACAGGUGCCAUUAGUAUAUUUUAUAAAACGUUGAAAGUAUAUCAUCUGAAUAUUAUUCCGCUAAGUACAUUAUUCAGAUAAAAAUUAUCAAUAUCACUGGAUGUAUCUACCGACUAGCUAUACUUAUGUUUUUGAAUUUGUGUGAGUUGUAUUUUUAUUAAUGAUAAAAAAAUUAUGUGCCUUGAUUUUUUGUCAUAUCAUAUUUCCGAAUACACAUUUUUUACAUUAAAUAAACAAUUUUCGACCAUUAAA